CUGUGACUUCAAUAAAUUCAUAUUUCACAUUUCAGAGUUCAGUUCAGACACCUGUCAGUGAUAAAAAAAAUUAUUAAGAAAUGCUCUUAUGAAAAACUAUUUGUCCAAUUGCAGUAUUUUGUACUAUAUCAAUGUUAAGUAUAAUAAUGAAAUUAAGUAAAGCUUUGUAAAGAUUCAGUAAAUGUCAGCAUAUAUUUGUAUACUCUUGAACUGGUAAUUGCAUUGCAAGAAUGAGUAAGACUAACCCGCUGGGCUUACUCGUAAAUUAUGGCGAUUCCGAUGAUUCUGACGAUGGUUCAUCAGUGUCCAAGAAGCCGCAAGCCAAUGCAAAACUACCAACAAGCUACGCGACAAAUAACCACGCUUCGGCCGCCAUACAUCCACCGCCAAUAUCCCAUUGCCCCUGGUCUGCUUGCUAUGAUGAGAAUAGUGGCUUCACCUAUUACUGGAAUCAACAUACAAAUGCAGUCACUUGGGAAGCCCCUCCUGAAUAUUUGUUGGCACUGAAAUUAGCUCAACAGCAGUUGAACACAGCAGGUUCCACAGAAGUAUCAGCAGAGGAAUGGCAAUUGUAUCAACAAGCUUUAGCGGAGAAACAAAGCACUCAAGCAAAAGUAACAAAGCCUUCAAUUAAAACUUCCAAGAAAAACGAUAAAGCUUCCUCUAAAGACAAGAAAAAUUCAAAGAAAAGGCCGUCUAGUGACAGUGAAGAUGAAUACAAAAUAGAGCUGAUCACGUCCUACCACAACUCAGAUUCAGACUCAAAUGAUGAGCAAGAAGUUGCUAAAGCAAAACCAGUAACACAGAAGCCUGUGGCACCGAAGCAUCAGCCAAAGAAACAGAAGACCAAAACGGUGGAGUAUGGACCUUCGUUACCUGAAAAUCAAAGUUAUUCGGCCCCCAUCGGCCCAGAAUUACCUGAUGAUAUGGUUCAAGAGGUGAAACCAGAGGAGAGUAAAGUUGAAAGUGUGAAGGAAGAGGAAAGAAAAGUGAAUCCUAAGCCAGUUACAACAAAAUCUGAUGAAGACAGUCAAGACGAAAGUGAAUUGUUAAAGAAACUCAAAGACAAGGCAAUGUUGUUAGAAAAGCUGGGGGGUGAACUUCCAUCAGAACUGCAGAAGAUAAUAAAAGAUGACGCAUCACGAACAAAUUCACCCAAAUCAGUGAAGGAUCUAGACAUCGAUGAGUUAUUACAAGAGAUCGAACAGAAGGAACUACCAAAAGCUAAAAGUAAAAAAGUAGAUAUGUUUGAUGGUAAUAAUAGUGCAACGAACUCGCCUCGUAGUCUAACGCCAAGUCUAGAAGACAAACAAACAAAUGGUCCCAUGUUAUUCCCUAGUGCAAUUAAUAUAGAUGAAAGUAAACCUGUCGAUAAACCUCCGCCUCCGCCACCUGAAAAGGAAAAGAAGAAAAACAUCUAUCUUACAGACGUAACGGAAGGAGAAACAAGAAAACUCAGGAUAUCAAAAUCUGUUCUUCCAAAGAAAGAGAAAAUAGAAGUACCAGCAUAUACAACAAAAUAUAGUCAGCAUAUCGAAGGGUUUUCAAGUGAACGAAUGGGGUUGGGUUUUACUAAUGAAGAGAGUGAAGACAGUGCGCCGAAGAAUGCUAUCAAUUAUGGGAACGGGUUGAUGUUUACGAAAGGUGAAGUGCUGAAUGAAGAUAAAAAAGAUGAAGCAUUGGAUGAUCUGUCGGAUUUGGUAGAAGCAAAGUUAAAGUACCUGAUGCAAGUGCAACCGGCACCGCUCACUCCGGUGCAGGAGAUGAUGGUACAAAUGCAGACGCUAGUAUCGGCGUUCCGCGCGGGCGCGCUCUCCGCGCCGUACUGGCGGCGCUGGGUGGAGGGCGCGGCGGCGGCGCUCGGCGCGCACGAGCGGAGCGCCGCGCCGCCCGGCUGGCACUGCGUCUUCCAGAGGUCGGCGGGGCGCUACAGCUACAAGCGCGAGGCGGACGGGCUCGUGCAGUGGGAGUACCCCGCCGUGGCCAGCACGGACAUGGAGAUAUGCACCACGCCGCCGCCGCCCGACGUCACGGAGAGUACUCCCCCGCCGCCGCCGCCGCCGUCCCCCCCGCGGCUGCCGACGCCGCCGCCGCCCGCGUGGGACGACCCGCCCCCGCCCGGUACUGACGACGCGCCGCACACGCCGCACGUGCAGCACACGCCGCACACGCCGCUGGUGCAGCCCCCGCCUCCGCCGCCCGAACCGAAGAAAGAGAUAGGCGAUGAACUUCUCUCGUUCUAUAGCGAUAUAGCAGAAUUGGAGAAGCAUUCUUCCGGCCCGCCCACUGCUUCCAACUCGCCCGAACUGAGCAGAGAGAGUGAGAGGGGAAGAGAGAGAGAGAAGAGACACCGGGAGAGUGAGAAGGGAAGAGAGAGAGAUAAGAGAUAUAGAGAGAGUGAGGUGAAACAAGUUGAGAAGAUUGAGAGAUGCGAAAAGGAGAAAAGUAGACGGAAGAGUAAGGUAAAAAUCUCGAGUUCAAUAGGAAUGAAGCAUAAGACAGUGUCGUCUCUUGUCGCUAAAUGGCAACAGGUUGCAGAAGAGAUUAAUUCUGAUUGAAAAUUCUUAUUUUUGACUAGAAAUGCAAAACUUCCAUUUUUGUCAACAGAGGGCACUGAAAUUAAGUCUGUGUAAUUACACCGGUGUUCAUAGAUGGCGCUGAUAUUAAAAAAUUACUCGUAUAAGUUGUUGUAUAUAUUAGGAUCACUUUGUAUUAUUUGUAGUUUAAUAAAUAAUAUAAUAUA